AGCCUCUCGCAUCUUUGGAUCUCUCGUGCUAACUGUCGAACAGGCCUUCAAAGGAUCCGUAGACGAACACCGGGAAGCAACGCCUUGCCUCGGUCGUCUCUGAAUGCUUGGAAGCUUAUUUGCAUUGCGUGGUGAGGUAUAACAUCAUUUUUUUGAGGUAUACCAAAAAAAAACUGUAAGUGCUGCUCAACGGCGACUCUGACGUGCCUCGAUAUUUCUACCGAUAUGCAACAACUGCAAUUCACUACACAUCUGCUUUCCUGCGCCCGUUGACACUAUUAAAGACAGCAUCUCUCGCUGUCGUGCUCCUCCCAGCUAUCGACGCUGCUCCCCUUUUUCCUUUUUUUUCCAUUGUUGCUUGCUCUAGGAUGUGCUUAUCUUUUUUGUUUUGUAGUUUUUAUUGCAACUGCGUGAUCGAAACAUCAGCUCUUUCCUUCUCUUCCUUCUUUAUUUAUUUUUCCCUUCUUGUCAAGGCAGUUACGGCUCCGAGUGCAGCGCGGAAGUCAAUCCCCAUAACUCGUACCCCUCCCCCCUCUUCCCAUUGUUUAAAGGACGGCACUCAACAUCUCUCUUUGUUUUGUUCUUCUUCUCAAUUAAAUGUUCCUUUAAAGUAUCAUUAGCUUUAUUUUUCUCGUUCGACUCCUUCCCUUCAUUUACCCCCUCGUGUCUUUUGUUCUGUGUGUGUGUGUGUGCUUUUUCAUUUUGCACAUUACUUCUUUGAUAAGAACCUGUGAGGUCGGCAUCGAGGCAAAACGAAACGAAAGCGCUGGCUAUUCACUGCUCCGGCGCGUCUGCAGCAGCUGACAAUCAUUCGUCUUAUUACAGUUAUUCCCGCACGGUUUUGCUGCUCUCCCUUCGUGCUUCUCUCUCGCUUGUUAUCAGAACUGUUUUUUUUUUCCCAAACUUGUGCUGUUGUUGUUGGUGGUGGUGGUUGUAGCACUGCUCUUUGUUGCUUGAUCGCUGCGUUUGGUUGUGUCUCCGCUAUUGGAGGCAUUUCUGCCUUGGUGAUUCUUCGCUUCGACUUGACUGAUACUACACCGGUCGUUUGCCUUCCGCUUUUCUCUUUCUUUUUGUUUUCCACGUCAACAGGGGCUUUUCUUAUUGAGGGGAAAAUGGGCGGCAGCGUAGCGUGCUGCACCGGCGCCAAGGCGCAGGAGAGCAGAAGCUGGGCGGAGCCAAUAGCGUUGUCAAACGACGGCGCCUCCCACCUCCCCGUGCAGCACCCGCCUGCAGAACGGAAAGACGAUUUCGCACCACACGGAGCCGCAAGCGGCAGCGCAGCCGGUCCGCCCCCGACCGGCAUUCCAUCACGAGAGCAGAAAACCCCUGUCGCUCGCAGAAGCAUAAGGGCGGUGGGACGGAGCAACGACGGCAGUGGCGCACGGCCUCCGAUACGCAGCAGAGUCCUUCUUCGUCGCAUCCAGCACGGCGUUGAUAUCAGCGGCCUGGAAAUUGAAGGUGUGUGGCCGGUGACAUGCGAAGACAAGUCGAGGGGCGAAGCAGAGCCCGGCCGCUGUGAAACAAAAAGCUCUGCCCCAAAAAACCUUCACUUCCACACCGAAGACACAGCAGCGGUGGUCCGCACGGUAUCUGACGAAAGCGCUGCAGAGUCUCCCGGUCCCCUGCCUCUGAAGAGCACCUUAGACCACGACGUGCACGACUCUGGUCGUCUGCGCAACGUCAGCACAGCGGAUGCCGCAGUGAGUGGUGCGCACGCGAAGCGACACGCCGUUCACGCCCCCUGUCCACGGGGUGUCGUGUCUCCUGUGGACAACACACAUGAGGACGUGUUGACCCCGUUGCACCUCGAUUUCGAGGACAUUGCGUGUUCGCCGGAUGCCACGCCCGCUGAGGGUGCGGUAGACGCUGCAAAGCGCACAUCACGGAGGGCGGUGUCUACCACACCUCAUCUCUUUGCCCCGCUGCGCGGCGGUGGUGGUGACGGCGAGACAGCUUUCUCGCACAGGGAGGAGAGCUGUGACACGGCCAGUAGGAGUGCGCUUGAACGCAAGUUGGACUCAACGGAGAACGACACAGCCGGCAACACCAGAGAGGAGGGCGAGACCUCCACAUAG